UUUCUUGCGUCCUGGUCCAGUUUGAGUGAAGGUGAACCUGUGAACCCGGUUUGUCUCUAGAAACACCCAUUCCUCAUUUGCUCCUCUUGCACAACACCGGGAUCAUCGUCUACUUCAUCCCGAGCCAUGUCCCUGUUUAGCGACGUCCCACAGGCUCCCCCGGUAGCCGUGUUCAAACUGACCGCUGACUUCAGAGAGGACACCCAUCCACAGAAGGUGAAUCUGGGCGUCGGAGCUUACCGUACUGAUGACUGCCAGCCCUGGGUGCUGCCGGUGGUGAAAAAGGUGGAGCGGCUCAUCGUGGAGGACGAGAGCCUGAACCACGAGUACCUGCCCAUCCUCGGUCUGCCAGAGUUCCGCUCCGCUGCCUCAAAGGUCGCCCUGGGAGACGAUAGCCCUGCCAUCAAGGAGAACAGGGUUGGAGGAGUCCAGGCUCUGGGUGGGACAGGUGCGCUGAGGAUUGGGGCAGAGUUCCUGCGGCGGUGGUACAACGGCGUCAACAACGCAGCCACGCCCGUCUACGUCUCAGCACCCACCUGGGAGAACCACAACGGUGUAUUUGCUGAUGCUGGCUUCAAAGAUAUCCGCCCCUACCACUACUGGGAUGCUGCCAAGAGGGGCCUGGACCUCACUGGGUUCCUGGAUGAUUUGGAGAAAGCUCCAGAGUACUCCAUCUUUGUCCUCCAUGCCUGCGCACACAACCCCACUGGCACCGACCCGACCCAGGAGGAAUGGAAGCAGAUUGCAGAAGUGAUGAAGAGGAGGAAGCUGUAUGUGUUCUUUGACUCCGCCUACCAGGGCUUCGCCUCAGGCUCUCUGGAAAAAGAUGCCUGGGCCAUCCGCUUCUUUGUCUCCGAGGGCUUUGAGCUUUUUGUAGCUCAGUCCUUCUCCAAAAACUUUGGCCUGUACAGUGAGUACUCACGGUCCACCUACAUUCAUGCAUAGUCUUGUGUGUUUUAGCC